UCUCCCUCACACACACAAUUUUCUCUCUACAUUUUCCUUUCGCUUCCAGAAUAUAAACCAUGCCUGCUCAAGUGAUGCCCGAGAAAAGCCUUCAAGGCCUCCAUCUCUUGGGAAGAGAAAACAAUUCUUCUCCUCAUCCAAAAAGGUUGGACGGAAAAAUUGCAAUUGUGACAGGAGGCGCUAGAGGGAUUGGAGAGGCAACAGUGAGGCUUUUUGCCAGACAUGGUGCCAAAGUAGUCAUUGCAGAUGUUGAGGACAUACUUGGAGCUGCGCUUGCUAAUUAUUUGUCUCCUUCAGUCACGUUUGUUCAUUGCGAUGUUAGCCUGGAAGAAGACAUUGAAAACUUAGUAAAUUCAACAAUUUCCCGCUACGGGCAGCUUGAUAUACUUUUUAACAAUGCUGGGGUGCUAGGAAAUCAGAAAAAACACAAGAGCAUUGUUGAUUUUGACAUCGAUGAGUUCGAUAAUGUAAUGCGAGUGAACGUGAGAGGAAUGGCACUGGGAAUCAAGCAUGCGGCACGUGCAAUGAUUCCGAGGGGUGGUGGGUGCAUCAUUUCCACUGCUAGUGUGGCUGGAGUCAUGGGAGGCCUCGGUCCACAUGCUUACACAGCUUCGAAGCACGCCAUUGUUGGGUUGACAAAGAACGCAGCUUGUGAAUUAGGCCGGUAUGGGAUUAGAGUGAAUUGUAUAUCUCCAUUUGGAGUGGCUACAUCCAUGCUUGUUAAUGCAUGGAGAAGCGAUGAUGAAGAAGAGGAACGCGACAUCAACUUUGGGAUUCCUUGCCAGCAAGAAAUGGAGAAGAUGGAGGAGUUUGUGCGAGGGCUUGCCAACUUGAAAGGUCCAACUCUGAGGGCUAAAGACGUUGCUGAGGCUGCUCUGUAUCUUGCGAGCGAAGAAUCUCAAUAUGUCAGUGGCCAUAAUCUUGUUGUGGAUGGCGGAAUUACAACCUCAAGAAAUUGUGUUGGCUUGUAACAACAUUUUCUCGCAUUUUCUUUUUAACUUUUCAUUCCUUACAGAUUCUCUCAAGUGUAAAUUUUCAGUUUAUCAAAUGA